AUGACGACAUUGUAUACUCCUCCGUAUAAUCUUCAAGAACUUUCGAUGGCGAACAACGACUUUCUCCUCUAUGACAAUUCUGUCGACAAUAUACUUGGUUCAAGUAACAACGCAACGGUGGAUCAGAUGGAGGACUUAUUGUGGAAUUUUGAUUACACAAAUUUCGCCAUCAAUGAUGACGCCGAUUCCAAAUUGUUUGAUACUGCUUUAUAUAAUGUAUCGACUGAGAAUCAAUGUGACACCGCCAACGAAUGGGACUACGCCAUGCAAACUUACCUGUCUAGCCCAGACAUGAGCACAUCAUCUCCCUCCUUAACGCACAGCUCAAGCCGGAGAAGUAGCCGAAGCAGCAGCCAAAGCAUCAGCAGAAGCACCAGUCCAGCGUCAGAAAGUCUUCCUACAGUCGUCAAACCAAAAAGGAAGCGAAGCCCCGUUGUCAACAAAGCUGCUCACAACAAAGUCGAGAAACGGUACCGAUCAAAUAUCAAUGCAAAAUUUGCUGCGCUCAAUAAUAUAUUGCCUGUAUUCGAGGCUGUGCAGAGUUUACUUAAGAGACAAGACGGAACCGAUGAGUCGGUGCAACAGCAUCGAAACAAGGGCGAAGUACUGAGUGAAGCUAUGAGGUAUAUCAAGCAGCUCGAGGAAAGGAGUCGUGUUUUGGAGGGCGAGGUUCGGAUCCUGAAAGAUAAUCUUUUACCUCGGAAGAGAAAGAAUUAG